UCUUAUAACGAUGCCAAGACACUGAAGCUGUUCGAAUCUCGGCGGUAAACGCUGACAAGAGCUCGAGCGGACAGCACAAGAAGCGGCAAAAUGAACCUAUUAGCCAAGAUGAUAGUUUUCCUUGUGAUCCUGGAAACGGCGGCUGCCGUGGACGCCAAUCUCACGGCAUGGCGACAUCACAGGCGACAGAAGCGCUUCCUGGUCUAUCAGAACGGUGGCGUUGUAAAGUUUGUUUCUGGCUGUGCAUUUCCAGUGCCGUUUAUGGAGAAAAAGGUCUGGCGACAGUUGGUCUGGCUGAUGAACUUCCACUACCAGUUUAGUGAGCCGCAAACGCCCAUCUACUGGUGGAAACUCUGGGACAGUUCCCGAAAUCUUAAGGGUCCUUUGGCCAACCAGCCAGCAGCUCCAUCGAUUCCAGUUCGUCUUUCGGUGGAUGAGCCGCAGUUGUUGCUCUUCAAGUUCGCCGAGAACUAUAUGAAUCAGUUGGGUCAGAAUGGCAGGGCCUGUCUGGAGCGACUGAUCUGCGAGAAUGGUCAGGUGGACGAGCACAGUGGUCUCUAUGCGCAAUUGCUGCACAGGCUGUUAAGACCACAUAGAACGCUGGACAGGCGUUAUUUGGAUGCCUAUAGGAUGGGUCGACAUGGCGUCCACUGUCGCAGAGCUUUUCCAGAGGCCCAUCACUGCGUUUUGGACGACUACGUACACCUCCAUGAACGGGGACCCACACAGAGUUUUCUUUAA